GUCGGCGCUGGAGACCGCCAACCUCCUCAUCCAGCACGUCUUCCGUCUCCACGGCAUUCCGGCGGACAUCGUGUCAGAUCGGGGGCCCCAGUUUGUGUCCCGCGUCUGGAAGCGGUUCUGCCGGUCCCUCGGAGCUACGGCCAGCCUGACCUCGGGGUACCACCCUCAGUCCAAUGGACAGGCUGAGCGCGCCAACCAGGAUCUGGGGGCGGCCCUCCGCUGUGUUUGUCUCCACCGUCCGGCAUCCUGGGCCGACCACCUGCCCUGGGUGGAAUAUGCCCACAACACUCUCGUCUCCUCCGCUACAGGCAGAUCGCCGUUCAUGACAGCCUACGGUUACCAGCCACCGCUGUUCCCGUCCCAGGAGGGGCAGGUGGAGGUCCCCUCCGUGCAGCACCACCUUAAGCGGGCCCAUCACGUGUGGAGGGAGGCCCGGGCUGCGUUGUCCCGCACUGCGUCCCGGAACCGGCGGAUCGCUGAUCGUCGUCGGCGCCCGGCGCCCUCAUAUGCGGUGGGAGAGAAGGUGUGGCUGGCUGCAAGGGAUCUUCGCCUGGCCGGCUCGUCUGCCAAACUGGGGCCCCGGUUCGCUGGCCCGUUCGAGGUCGAGGCCGUCAUCAGCCCCGUCGCGGUCAGGCUCCGGCUGCCGGCCUCCAUGAAGGUCCACCCCGUGUUCCACGUCUCCCUGCUCAAGCCUGUGUCUUCCAGCGCCUUGGCGCCCCCUCCCGCUCCGCCGCCGCCCCCGCGGGUGGUCGACGGGGACCCGGUGUACACGGUUCGUGCCAUCCUGGACUCUCGGCGCAGGGGCAAGGGCUUCCAGUACCUGGUCGAUUGGGAGGGCUACGGGCCGGAGGAGCGGCAAUGGGUGCCUCGCUCCUGGAUCCUUGACCCGUCCCUUCUGCGCGACUUCCACACUGCUCAUCCGUCCAAACCGGGUAGUCCGCCGGGAGGCGUCCAUUGAGGGGG